AUGAUAUUUUUGUUACUUCAGUUAUCUUUUUUACAUAUCGUUGUUUCUUACAUUGAUUUAGAUACAAGCCUUACUAAUCAUAGAUUCUCAGCAGCUGAUUUAAACAGUAAAAAUAAAUAUAUCUAGAUUGGAAAUUUGUAUAUCGUGUGGUAUGGGAUGGUGUUUAAAAUAAUGCUGUUUCAUUAUAUGGCCUGUCUUUAGAUAGGAAUACAGAUUUAGAAAGAAGUUAAUGUUUGACUUUAGAUGGAUCGUGUACUGAUAUAAAUGCAGUUUAAUAUGUAGGUUUAGGAUUAAUUGGGUAAUUUGGAGGAGCCUUUAAGACUUUCGAAAAUUUGCCACCUCAUUGCCAAAUAUAUUUUUCUGUAGAUAUGGCUAUGUAAUUAAGAAUACUAAUAAUUAGAAAGGGAAAGUCAGUUCCACCUUCUAAACUAUAUGCAUUGAUAGAUACUUUAGCAGUUGCUGUCUAUACUGUAAAUCCAGGUAGUUAGGAAUUCUUUUAUGAAUCUGUUACUUUAUCAGGAAUCUUUUCUCAUAACUCUCCAUUUUUAAUUAUUGAGUUUGCAUCUGGAUUCUUCGUUAAUCAUGAUAGAUCAAUGGGUAUUCGGAAUAUAAAAAUCUAAUAUACUCCAUGUCCUGUAGGAUGUUAGAUUUGUUCAAUAAAGGAAACCUAAACAUAAUGUUCUCAAUGGAUUCUAAAUUAUUAAGGAAUUCGUUUCGGUCCAACUAUUAGCAAUGAUGGUUGGUAAAUAACGAAUUUGAUAUCAAUUACCAAUCCAUAAUAAAUUUAUAAUCUAGUAUCCUAUACAUAUUGUUUAUCACCAGGUUUAGGUCCUUUUGGAUAAAAUUAAGAUGUUACUAAAUCUUUUUUUUUGGAUCCACAUUAUGAAGUUAGAUUUGUUUUCUACUUAAUAACAUAGAAAACUGACACAAGAUUUCCACAUGUUAUUGUAGUUAGAAUAGAUGGACUUGAAGUUCAUUCCUUUAAUAUUAAAAGUGUAGAUCCUUAAAUCAACUUCUGUUAAUGGGAAUCCUACGAUCAUAAUGUCAGAAAGGCAAUGUAAAUGACAAAAAAAGUAGAUUUUAACUUGAGAAAUAAUAAACGCUAAAUCACAUUUUCUCUUUAAAUUUAAUCCAUUUCUGUACCAAUAAUUGUUGAUUAAAUUCUUUUAAAAGAUUUUCAAGUCUUUAUAAAAAAAUGUUAUUCAGAACCUAACUUUUCUUGUGAUGAAUGUGCUGGUCCUGAAAAGUAGGAUUGUAUUCAAAAAGCAUAGUUGAUAAAUUUUUAGUAAAUUGCUUCAAAAGAUUUCGCAGUAGGUCAUGGAUGGUAAGUCAUAUUACCAGAAGUUGGAGGUGUUUAAAUUUGCAAUUCUAAACCCUACUUUGGAUUAGAUUCAACAAAAGUUACCACUUAUUAAAUUUAAAAGUUUUUUACAAUUAACGAACCUCAUUAAGAAAUUGAAAUUUCCUUUACAAUAAAUAAAAUAGAUAAAUAUAUAGCUGAGAAAUUUUAAAUUUUUUUAGAUGAUGUUAUGCUUGAUGAAAUCUUAUUUUCAACUGCUAUUGGAGAAUUUAGUUAAUGUGGUAGUAGUGAUAUUGAUGGAUAAAUUAAUUAUUAUAAGAAAAUUGCUCAUACACGUACACUAUCUCUCAUAACAAUUAAAUCUACUCAAACAACUACAACUGGUAUCAUUAAUACUAAUAUUUUUAGGCAUUUAUGGAAUAUUCAAUUUCAAACUUAAAAUUAGAAAUGGAUUAGAAUCUACAGAUUUAUAUAAAGAUCUAAUAUCAGGCUUUAAUACUAAUUCAAAUAAUUGGAAUGAUUGGGUGAUAACUAAAUUAUCUAAUGAUUUAUCUUUAUAUAUUUGUGAUAGUUCUGUGACUCUUUUAGGUAAAUUAUAACCAGAAAUGUAAAUAAGAAGAUUUAUUACAAAUAUAGCCAUUCAUACUUAGAUGAAAAUAGAAUUUACUCUUUAUUUAUUUACUAAUCAAUUUGAUGGAAAGAAUUAAUAUCUAAUUCUAAAUAAUUAAACUAUUUGGAAUUAAAAGAUAAAAUGGUUUUCAUAAAAAACUUGUAAUGAUAAUUUAGAUACAUUUAUCAUCAAAGGAGAUAUCCUAAUAAAACAUGAUUUAGAUUAUGCCUUUUUUAUUUGGAAAAGUAGUGUAAUAAAUCCAUCAGCAUCUUGGGGAAUUACAGAAUUUAAUUUAUUUAUUUCAUGA